CCCAGGGAAAUUAAAUUCACACUUCUUGGCCUGGUUUUCAGUUGCUUCAAGCCACCGGACCUCAUUGAGGUUCAAAGUGGGACGCCCCCCCCCCCCAUUCCUACUAUUGGAGAGCUGUGUGAACCCUUGUACCAAAAUCAGGAGGCCGUUUUAUUAAAAAAAAAAAAAAGAUUCCCAUAAUUUUUUUAAAAAAAAUAUAAGCUUCUAGAUGGCAAUGAGGUCUCCCACGGGGCUUUAAAGGGUUAAGGCUAAAGCUACGUGGGCGGACCUUCAGACGAUGGUGGGCGGGGCCGCUCGGCGUCCCACCCACUCGAGGGCAGGGCUGAGCGUCUCCGCCUCCUUUCCCCCCCUCCCUCCCCUGCUAUUAAAACAUGCAAAACGUAUGCGCAUAAAUUUGCAUGUCUAAAGAGGCCGGCCGCGCAGCGAGCGGGGUCGAUGCGUCCAAAAUGGCGGAGCGGGCCGGGCGAAGCGGAGGUGGCCGGCUGGACAAGAGCAUCACCUUGCCGCCGGACGAGAUCUUCCGCAACCUGGAGAACGCCAAGCGCUUCGCCAUCGACAUCGGGGGAUCGCUGGCCAAGUUGGCUUACUACUCCACCGUCCAACAUAAAGUGGCCAGGGUACAGUCCUUCGAUCAGUCGUGCAAGGAUGUCGAACACGAGUCUCCCUACGAGAUCACCGUCCAGGAGGAGAUCACGGCCCGUCUCCAUUUCAUUAAAUUCGAGAACACCUACAUCGAAGCCUGCUUGGAUUUCAUCAAAGACCACCUCGUCAACACCGAAACGAAAGUCAUCAAAGCCACGGGGGGUGGUGCGUACAAAUUCAAAGAACUUAUUGAGGAGAAGCUGGGAUUAAAAUUAGAUAAAGAAGACGUGAUGACUUGCCUGAUUAAGGGGUGCAAUUUUGUCCUCAAGAACAUCCCCCACGAGGCCUUCGUCUACCUGAAGGAUGCCGACCCCGAGUUCAGGUUUCAGAUGAACCAUCCCCACAUUUUCCCUUACUUGCUGGUCAACAUUGGCUCCGGAGUUUCGAUCGUCAAGGUGGAAACGGAAGAUAAAUUUGAAUGGAUUGGCGGAAGUUCCAUCGGAGGCGGGACUUUCUGGGGCCUCGGAGCAUUGCUUACCAAACCAAGAAGUUGUGAUGAAUUGAUGCAGCUCGCCUCGAAGGGCCAACCACACCACGUCGACAUGCUGGUGAAGGACAUCUAUGGCGGGGCGUACCAACCCUCGGACCUCAGCGGGAACGAUAGCUAGCAGCUUGGAAAAUCCGCCACGGUGGAUAAAGGUAGGAGUUUCUUCUUCGGUCUAUUUUCCAAAGAAGACAUGGCCAACAGUUUGCUGCACAUGCUCAGCAACGACAUCGGGCAGCUGGCUGGCCUGCACGCCAAACUCCACAACCUGGACAAAAUCUUCGGGGGCUUCUUCAUCCGUGGUCACCCCAGUCACCAUGCGUACAUCACUUGUAUCAACUUCUUCUCCAAGGGUGAAGUCCAGGCGCUAUUUCUGAGGCACGAAGGCUACCUGGGAGCCAUAGGCGCUUUCUUAAGAGGAGCAGAGCAAGACGUAAAUCCCAAUUUAUACAGCUGGGGGGAGAACCUAGCUAGCAGUUCAGGCCUCCUGAGUACGUCGCCGAUCGUUUGCCCCAUGCAGCGGGGAACGAAGCGGCACACGUGAUUCGACAUGUGGGAAAUGGAUCGUCUGGAGCGAAUGUUGGUCAAUCUGCUGCUGCAGGAUCCUUCCACAUAUGUUGCAGACACUGUGGACUUAACCGACGACGUUCUGGCCCGCCAGUAUUGGCUCUCGUGCUUUGAGGAGUCCUUGGACGGGGUAAGGACCCGCCCGCAGGCCAGCCAACCCGCUCGGUUGACGCUGGCCGAGCGAGCUGACAAAUUCCGACACAAGUACCGGGAGAAGCUUCAAACACUCCGACAGCAGCCGUUCGCAUACGGCACCCUAACAGUGAGAAGUUUACUGGAUACAAGGGAACACUGCUUGAAUGAAUUUAACUUCCCCGAUCCCUACUCCAAGAUAAAGCAGAAGGAAAACGGCAUCGCCCUCCGGUGUUACCAGGGCGUCAUUGAGUCCCUGGACUCCCUAGGGUGGGAGGAGAGGCAGUUCGCUCUGGUGAAGGGACUCCUGGCUGGGAAUGUCUUCGACUGGGGAGCCAAAGCCGUCACGGACGUCCUCGAAACGGAGCCCCAGUUUGGAUUCCAAGAAGCCAAGGAAAAAUUACAAGAGCGUCCUUGGCUCGAGGAUUCGUACAGCGAAUGGGUGGAACGGCUCAAGGGCCCAGCUCAUAAAUGUGCCGUAAUUUUUGCAGAUAACAGUGGAAUUGAUGUCAUCUUAGGUGUCUUCCCUUUUGUUAGGGAAUUGCUCUGUAGGGGCACGGAGGUUAUUUUGGCUUGCAAUUCAGGUCCUGCCCUGAAUGACGUCACGUAUAACGAAUCCUUGCUUGUGGCGGAAAGGAUUGCGACUAUGGAUGCAUCAUUCGGUAAGGAUCGAACUGCCCUGAAGGAAGAGAGGCUCCUCUUGGUUCAGACAGGAUCCAGUUCGCCCUGCUUGGAUCUCAGCCGCUUGGACAAGGGCCUGGCCAGCUUGGUCCGAGAGCGGAAGACCGACCUGGUGAUCAUCGAAGGAAUGGGCCGGGCCAUCCACACCAACUACCACGCCAAGCUGAAGUGCGAGAGCCUUAAGCUGGCAGUGCAAAACUCUUGGCUGGCCGACCGUUUGGGCGGGAAGAUCUUCAGCGUCAUUUUCAAGUACGAGGUCCCCCUCAAAUCCUCCUGAUGAACCCCCAGAGGGGGCACCCCGAAAGAGGCCGAGCUCCGACUUAGCCAAGGACUUGCACUAGUUACAAUUUUAAUGGUAAAGAAUGU